GUCACGAUCGUCGCACGUCGCGCGCGCGACGUCCGUCCAUCCGUCUCGGAUCUGUCAAUUAAAGGGAGGCCGCGCGCGCUCGAGAGCGAGAGGGCCCGAGUGAGGCGUAUCGGGCCGUUCGAUCGCACGGGAUGCCAUCCCCGCCGUCGCCGUCGCCGUCGCCCUCGUCGUCACCGUCGUCACCGUCGUCGUCGGCGUUACGCUAAAAAUAUGCGGCAGUGAGAAGCCGGACGGCGGAGCACCGCCCGUGGCAGAGAGCGAAGCGGCUGGCUCUCUCGGCUGCGUGUGCUAGGUCCGGUGGUGCCGGACGAGGAGGGGGGUGGGGGAGGAGAAGGAGGAAGGCGACGAGGUAGGCCAGGAUCCCGCUCGGUGACGAUCGACGGGGGUGAUCAUCGCGUGCGACAGCCCACCGACGGAAAGGAGCACCGAGGAAAAUGGCGGACCUCGAGGCGGUGCUGGCCGAUGUCAGCUACCUGAUGGCCAUGGAGAAGAGCAAGUGCACGCCGGCUGCCCGUGCCAGCAAGAAGAUCAUCCUGCCGGAUCCUAGCGUUCGGAGCGUUAUGCACAGAUAUCUGGAGAAGAAUAACGAAGUAAACUUCGACAAAAUAUUUAAUCAAAUGUUAGGUUACCUUUUAUUCAAAGACUUCUGCGAGACUGUAGCGGAGGAACCGAUUCCGCAACUUAGGUUUUACGAAGAGAUCAAGGCGUACGAGAAGCUCGAGUGCCCGGAAGACAGGAGAAAGCUCGCCCGGGAGAUCUACGACAAUUAUAUUAUGAAAGAGCUACUGGCGCAUUCUCACGAAUAUUCGCAAGAGGCGGUGUCUCACGUGCACAAGUAUCUCAUGAAAAAUGAAGUCCCAGUUAACUUGUUCGAGCCGUACAUCGAGGAGAUAUUCAACCAUCUGCGCGGGGAGCCGUUUCAGAAAUUCCUGGAAAGCGAUAAGUAUACCCGUUUCUGCCAGUGGAAAAACUUGGAGCUGAACAUCCAGCUGACGAUGAACGACUUCAGCGUGCAUCGAAUAAUAGGCAGGGGCGGCUUCGGCGAGGUGUACGGUUGCCGGAAAGCGGACACUGGCAAGAUGUACGCCAUGAAAUGCCUGGAUAAGAAGCGCAUCAAGAUGAAGCAGGGCGAAACGUUAGCUCUCAACGAGAGGAUAAUGCUCUCGCUAGUCAGUACCGGGGUGGACUGCCCGUUCAUAGUGUGCAUGACGUAUGCGUUUCACACCGCCGACAAGCUGUGCUUCAUAUUGGAUCUGAUGAACGGCGGCGACCUGCAUUACCACCUAAACCAACACGGGGUCUUCAACGAGCCGGAAGUCAAGUUCUACGCCGCGGAAAUGAUCCUCGGCCUCGAGCACAUGCACCGCAGGUACAUCGUCUACCGCGAUCUGAAGCCCGCGAACAUACUGCUGGACGAGCACGGCCACGUCAGGAUAUCGGAUCUGGGAUUGGCAUGUGAUUUCUCAAAGAAGAAGCCGCACGCGAGUGUCGGCACGCACGGAUAUAUGGCGCCGGAGGUACUCUCGAAGAACACCCCGUACGACUCGAGCGCGGAUUGGUUCUCCUUCGGUUGCGUGCUGUACAAGCUCUUGAUAGGACGCAGUCCGUUCAGGCAGCAAAACACCAAGGACAAACACGAGAUAGACCGUAUGACGCUAACCAUGAACGUCGGAAUACCGGAGACAUUCUCGCGGGAGUUGCAGUCGCUGUUGGAAGGUUUGCUACAGCGGGACAUCAACAACAGACUCGGCUGCCGUGGCAACGGCGCGGACGAGUUAAAGGCGCACCCGUUUUUCAAUGGUAUCGAUUGGCAGCAGGUGUACCUGCUAAAGUACACGCCGCCGUUGAUACCGCCGCGCGGCGAGGUCAACGCCGCGGACGCCUUCGACAUCGGCUCCUUCGACGAGGAGGACACGAAGGGGAUCAAGCUGACGGAGGCGGAUCAAGAUUUGUACAAAAACUUUCCUCUAGUCAUCUCCGAAAGAUGGCAGACUGAAGUGGCCGAGACUGUGUUCGAGACAAUCAAUAACGAAGCGGACAAGUUGGAGAAUAAAAAGAAGGCGAAGCAAAAACAACGGUUCGACACAGAUGAGAAGGGUUCGGACUGUAUAUUACACGGUUAUAUAAAGAAAUUAGGCGGUCCAUUUGCGAGCGCAUGGCAGACGCGCUACGCGAAACUAUAUCCGAAUCGGUUAGAGUUACAUCCGGAAUCAGCGACUAAACCUGAGCUCGUGUUUCUCGAUCAAGUCGAGGAAGUAGGGGCGGAUCUACAGCUCGUAAAGGGGGAACAGUGCAUCGUAAUGCGUACGAGGGACGCGAAGAUCGUACUUACAAAUGCCGACGAGAUCAGCUUGAAGGAAUGGGCGCUCUCGUUAAGAUCGGCACACAAAUGCUCAAUGGAGAUGCUCGGGAACAUGGCGAGGAAAGCAGGCAAGAUCUACGGGACUGAGCGGGACGCAGUAAUCCCGGCGACGCAGCGAUCCACGAACGGCAACUAGCCCACUGUCGUCAUGUGCGACAUCGCACCGUCAUACUCCAGUCCCACUGCCCCGCAGCAGCAACAGCAGCAACAACUUUUUUUAUACUAAACGGAUGAUGGGGAGAGCAGCGACGGAUAGGAAAGAAAGGAUUCGACAGAAGAGAACAAGAAACGUUUCUCGGAGUGGCAACGCAGGUAGUGCCUCUUUCCUUCCGAAAGCUCACUCUGGACUUUAACGCCGCGGCGUUAAAAAAAAGCGGAUAAAUCCCUGUUUUGGCACACCUCGAUCAAACGGAACGUCCUAAAGAAAAUUUCGUUAUACGGCGGAUAGCGCUGCGCUGUGUAUUAUAGAGACUCUAGCCAAGUAGUGUCGUAUCGUGCGUACGUUCUCCCAGGGCCACGAGGAUGAUGCACGCGCGCCCAUACACACACGUACACACGUUUACAUACACGUAUACGCGCAAAAGGAAACAUACGUACACGUAAAGUAAUCGCGGCUCCUUCUGGUCACUGGCGCGGGCGCGUAGGCAUCUCGUUAUAUUUGUACAUUAGUUGUAUGUGCAACAUGUGACGUAGCGACUAGCGACCGACCGAGCGACGAACAAAAGUUGAACAGAUAACACACGGGAACCACAAAACACAUCCGGUAGUGUAUUAUUAUGACCUAGUACUCUCUACGCGAUCCCGUACUCUUAUUACUUUUUACGCGUUCGUCGUACCGCUCGUUUACUUAAUUUAUUUACUACUGCAGAAAGAGAGAGAGAAAAAGAGCGAGACCAGUUUUAUAUUAUCCUUAUGAUGAAACAAAAGUGACUCAUUAUUUAUUGUGUUAUUAAGUGCGAGAGAAUGAGAAGAAAAAAAAAGAAAAAUCGUUUGUAUAUUAACCAAAAGUGAAUCGAAUACCGAAUGCAUGCAACAUAUGUACGCUCGAGUGGAUAUACGCAAAGUCCGCUCCGGCAAUAAAAUAUGCGAUGAACGUAGAUGAGAAGAGCUUUCUUUCGUCCUGCAUCAUGUAUCAGUAGAGCAACAGCUAAAGUCCAGUAAGUAUUUGUGAUCUCCAUUACAUUAUGUUCGAAACAGUCGGUAAUCUUUACGUAAUCGUGAUUGAUGUGCGAAAUUAACAAAUGUUCGAUUUAAACAGUUGUACGAGAAAAGAAUUACAUAUCAAUGUCACGAAUGAAUUGGUCCAUUUUUUAUACCGUAACAAUUGGAAUUUGGUACAUUUAUGAAAGGUAGAGUUUAUUUCGAUAAUCACGUUUGUUGGUCAAAUAACAAUAGCAAGUAUCCUGUAAUAGUUUUCAUUCGUGAUUUAUAAAUGAAUCCAAUACUCAUAAUUUAUGUACGCGUGUUUGCUUCAAGUACCAAACUAUUUACUAUCUGCUGCGCACUUUUCGUCGAGAUAUACAUAUAUAUACAUAUAUAUAUAGGGAUCGUUUGUAGAACCGUGAAAAAGUUUUAUUUUCUAGGCUUACAUCAUACAAUUAUAACGUAUUAAAUUCAUCGUAAGAUUUACACGAUACGAACAUUAUAAUUAGCGAUCACUGUGAUAAAAGAGAGUAUGUAUAAUAA